AUGUGGCACGUUCUGAUAUUAGACGAGGGAGAGCGUGUGGUGGGUGGCUCCGAGCAGGAAAAUGAGGGGGUGGAGGAGAUAGGGGAGGAAGACGGGGGGAGUGAAGGGGAGGAGGGAGAGGGGAGCGAAAGGGAGGGGAGUGAAGGGGAGAGGGGAGUGGGAAGCGAAGGGGAGGGGAGUGAAGGGCUGUGGAGUAGCACCUACACACCGCUUGCUGCUGCCAAGGAUGGUGCGGAUAGUGUUGCUGGUGAAGGGAUGGAGGAGAAGCUGCUGAGGAAGCUGGCCCUGAUCGGCAAGGGGCUCAAUUCUGGCAGGUGUGCAUGGGGCUGCUCAUGCCUGCUCAUGGCUCCCAUUUGGUGGCUAAAACCUCAAAACUCAACGAUUCACCUCAUGGAGUUUGACAUUCUCUCAUACCUCCAAUCGUCUCCCUUGGCUCUGCUUCACCCCCUCUGCUUCACUCCCUCUGCUUCCCCACUUAUCGCACCCACCAGUGGCGGGUACAGCCUCAAGGCGGGGCCGGGGUCAAUGAUUCACCUCAUGAAGUUUGAGAUGGGCGGCGCUGCUGCUGUGCUGGGCGCCGCCAAGGCCAUCGCUGCCAUCCAGCCUCAGGGCGUGCAGUUUGUGGCGGAGGGGCUGCCAUGGGCGCAUUUGGACAUUGCAGGGCCGGUGUGGAGUGAGAAGAAGGGCAGAGGCACUGGCUUCGGUGCCAGCCUGCUCUACCACUCGGUCGCCUCCCACUCCCCAUAA